UCAUUGAAGCCAACCUUUAAAUUUCCUCCAUUUCAUACUCAAAGAUGGGCAUCGGAUUAGUUCAUGCAAAGCAAAAGCUCCAACAAACCCUAUCGGCGAGAAUCGGGGACGCAUCGGCGACGACACCGAAUGUCCCGAAAGGCCAUGUCGCUGUUUACGUCGGAGAAGGCAACAAGAAAAGAUUCACGAUCCCGAUAUCUUUCUUGAACAAUCCUCUGUUCCGGGACCUAUUGGAUCGAGCCGAGGAAGAGUUCGGGUUCAACCAUCCGAUGGGAGGCCUCACCAUUCCAUGUAGCGAAGUGUAUUUCAUCAGAAUUACUGCAAUCUUAAACACUUCAAAUAGAUGAAGCAGUAGUAGGAGCAGCAAAACCACAACAACCUAUGAAGCAGUGUCUUGUUCUCUGGCUCAGACAAAUCCAAUCCCAUUUA